GGCGGCGGUGAGGCGUCGUGCCGGGCCGGGCUCGGAGGGGCGGGUCGGACGGGGCCCAACGGGGCUGGGCGGCACCGCGGGCUCCUCGGUGUUGCUGGCAGCCCCGCGGCAGCGCUGCUGAGCCCGCUUCCAGCUCCGAGGAGCCGCCGGCAGAACGAUUCCGCUACCGGAAACUGAACCGUACGUCGCCGCGCUGCCCGCCCGCACGGCUGCGGCGGAGGCGGACGGGGCUCCCGAGUCACGCUUAGAAAUUCGUUCUCCGUGGGUAACAACGCGUGGAUAUCCACUCGUGUGCCUCGCUGCAGAAACAGCGUUUAUAACUGCGGCUUCUUGAGUGCUGAGACACAAAAACAUAAUGACUGCGUUGGACGAUAAACUGCUGGGCGAGAAGCUCCAGUAUUAUUACAGCAGUAGUGAGGGUGAGGAUGAAGACAGUGAGAAGGAAGACAAAGAAGGGGAGAGCUCCAUUCCCGACAGCGUUGGGGAGGUAGAGCUUAGCAGCGAUGGCAGUGCAGUCAAUACAGGUCCAAAAGGAGUCAUUAAUGACUGGCGAAGGUUUAAACAACUGGAAACAGAACAGAGACAGGAGCAGCGCAGAGAAAUGGAGCGCCUCAUAAAGAAGUUGUCUAUGACAUGUAGAUCUCACUUAGAUGAGGAAACUGAUAAGCAAAAGCAGAAAGAGCUUCAGGAAAAAAUCAAUGGAAAGAUGACGUUACAAGAAUAUAACAUGAUUCACAAUGAUGAAGAUGAUGAGGAAUUUUUACAGCGAUACAGGAAGCAGCGAAUGGAGGAGAUGAGACAGCAGCUGUACAGUGGGCAGCAAUUUAAACAGGUCUUUGAGAUUACCAGCGGAGAAGCAUUUUUGGACAUGGUUGAUAAAGAGCAUAAGAGCACUCUGAUCAUGAUCCAUAUUUACGAAGAUGAUAUCCCUGGUGCUGAAUCCCUGAACGGCUGCAUGAUCUGUCUGGCUGCUGAGUAUCCAACAGUUAAGUUUUGCAGAGUAAAGAGUUCGCUCAUUGGUGCCAGCGCUCGCUUUACCAAUAAUGCUCUGCCAGCUUUGCUGGUCUAUAAGGCAGGUGAGCUCAUUGGCAAUUUUGUGCGGAUCACUGACCAGCUUGGAGAAGAUUUUUUUGCUGUUGACCUGGAGGCUUUUUUGCAGGAGUGUGGUCUGCUUCCAGAAAAAGACCUAGUGCUCCUGACUUCUAUACAUAAUCCAUCUGCGUGUUACAGUGAAGACAGUGAUCUGGAAAUAGACUGAAGCACUUACACCAGGGGGCCAGUAGGUGUAGUUGUGCUGUGGGAUGUUCUUGUGCUAGGGGUUGUUCCCUUCCUUUCUUAGUGUGGGUAUGUUAUUCUUCUCCUCCAUGCACUCGGGACUUUCGCUUGUUAAAAAAUAAUUUAAAGCAUUUAAAUAAUUUAAA